AUGGACAAGCAAAGUGCCAUUGCGCUUGGUGUGACUGCAGGUUUAGGAGUCGGAUAUUUUCUAGGUAAAACGCAAUCUGCUGCUGCAGUAGCAAAAGCUACUACAGAGGAGAAGACAUGCGUGAAGGAUCUAGAUGAGAUAGACCGCCUCAUUCGCCCCAACAUUCUAGCGCUCACUCCAUACCGCUGCGCCCGCGAUGAUUAUAACCAAGGAAUUUUGUUGGAUGCCAACGAAAACAGUUUAGGUCCUCCUCUACACGGCCAUGAGCACUUGAAAGCCAUGGAAUUGGAACGCUAUCCGUGUCCGUAUCAGUUUGAGCUGAAGAAGGCCAUUACUGAAUUUAGGAAUUUGAACUCCAUGGAGAAGAUUAAUGAGACAAACACGUUCCUGGGUGUUGGAAGUGAUGAAGCCAUUGACUUAAUUAUCCGCGUGACUUGCACUCCUCGCGUAGACAACAUAUUGAUCACACCACCGACGUACGGCAUGUACAGCGUGUGCGCCAACAUCCAUGACGUUGCCAUUAUCUCUGUGCCACUUCAAAUUGAGGCACCAGCAGAAAACCUUACGGGUAAAAAGCCCGAUCUGCCGCUGCCAUCCUUCCACAUUGACCCUCAAGAGAUUCUGAAAGCUGCCACGGCGUUAACGAAGGUAAUCUUCCUGUGCAGUCCCGGCAAUCCGACGGCGAAUGUGCUGCGCUUACAGGAUAUAGAAACGAUUUUGGACUCAAAGAAGUACAAGGGUUUUGUGGUGGUCGAUGAAGCUUACAUUGACUUUGCUGACACCCCGAGCUUUUGCACGCUAGUGAACAAGUACAAACGAUUGAUUGUGCUUCAGACGCUUUCGAAGGGCUUUGGGCUUGCUGGGAUCCGUCUUGGCAUUGCAUUCGGUGACCCAAAGCUUAUUCAAGUGCUCAAUAACGUGAAGGCUCCAUACAAUAUUAGCAAGUUGACGUCCGAUGUUGCCCGCAAAGCUUUUUCGAAUUUGGAGCAGCUACGCCAGAGCGUGAAUCUCAUCAAGAAGGAAAAACACCGGGUAAUUAGGGAGCUGCAGAAGUUGUCUUUUGUGCGCCGCAUCUAUUCGUCAGACUCCAACUUCGUGCUUUUUGAGAUCCCCCACGCGCUGAGCGUCUACAGACAAAUGGCUAGUCGUGGAGUAGUCAUCCGCUAUCGCGGCAACCAGCAUUUGCUAGCUGAUUGUGUUCGUGCUACAAUCGGAUCACGCGACGAAAACGACCAAAUGCUUGAGCUGCUUGUUGAAGUAUCGGGCCAACAGUAA